AUGCCACCCAACAACAGUGAAGAUAAGUUUCGUGAUAUUAAAAACUUUCUUAUAACAAAUAACCCUUCCAAGAUAGAUGCUGAAAACAGAGAAGAGGUUUUAGCAGAAUUGGUUCAUAGUUUUCACGCAAUUUUUGAACCCAUAAGAACUGAACCACAAGGAAUUUCAGACACGAGUCGUUUAUUAAUUGUUGACUUGCUGUCUAUUUGGAUUCUGAGGACCACUCAAAUAAUCUCAAAUAAGAAAAUUGAGACUGAUAAGUAUAAACAGAUCGUUAAUGAGACAUUAUUAUCAUGCCAUAACGCAACAACCAUUUUUCAAUAUGUUAUUACUUUCUGGAGUGAUGGUUCAGCAGCAUUUGUUAAUGCCUUAAGCGACAUGUUUGGAAAACUAUUGAGGUUAAUCAAGCUAAUAUUUCCCGCUAAUACAUGCGAAGAUAUGCUGUCCCAUUGGCUCAACAGUGCUUUGAAGGUACCAGCGACAUUACGAGUUCAAUACUAUCUAAUAAAUGCACUAUCAACCGAGCUGGAUUUAUUUCCUAUUUUACAAAAAAGACCUGAUUUUGUAGAGUCUUCUUUAUCAUUGAUGUGGUCUGAUUCGUUAUCCACACCAAUAGGGAAAUGCCUGACGAGUCUUCUAACUAAUGUGUAUAAUAUACAUUUCUUAAAGGAUAAAGAAAAGAUAACACCAUGGCUGGAACUGUGGUAUGAGCCCUCCUUGAAAUAUUUAUGCAAUUCAAAGCUCAUCAAACCGAUCGAGCUUUACGUAUUGACCCCGUUGUUCAAAAUCAUGCCCGAUGAAGCUUUCAUUGCAUUUUCCAAAAGGAUAAACGCACUCGAAAGACCCAUUCUUAUUAUCAACAUUUUCAGAUUGGGUCAAGAACUGGCAAUCGAAGAAGAACCAUUUCAUGAAAAUAAACUCAUUUCCCUUGAGACAGUCGAAAGUUUUCUAAGGCUAGACGCCUAUAAAUUACAGGCUUUCGAACUUUUAACUUUCUCUGUCAAAAGGUCCCGGAAGAUUCACGAAUACAUAUUUGAACUAAUCAAAGAAAAUAUUGAUAUUUUCUUCCAAGAUGCAGAAGUCGAAACGAGGAACUAUUUUUGCAGCUCGUUUAAGCAUUUCAUUCUAAGGAUCCGGGACUCAUCAUAUGCUUUGAAUAGGACCUUAGUUAAGCUUAGGGCUGCUGACAAGUUUCCAGAGGAACAGAAAGAAAAACAACGCGAUCUGAAAACAUAUGAAGACUUUUUAUUAUGGUUGAGUCGAUACCUCAAAAUUAAACUGUGUCCAGGAACCCAAUAUUCGGAAAUUUAUACAGCACUCAGGAUUUGUGAAUUCCUUAUAGUAUCAGGUAUUGAUAAAUCUGUCUCAGAGAAGUAUAUUGACGUAAAGGACAUGAGAGAAUGGCCUUUUUUCAUUUCAUUUUGCUCUGACUUAUCUCUUGCAAGGCUGUUGUUGGAUGUAUUGUCUAGUCAUUUCGAUGACAUCAGAAAAAUAGCGAAACGCCUAUUGUUAAUAAUUUUCGACAGCUCUGAAGGACAGAUGUUACAGGGGAAACUGAAUUGGAAAAAAUUCGAGCAAACGUGCACAGAUUUUAUGGACAGCUACCAAUAUGCGGACAUCGGUGCUGUGUUACAAUGUGUAUUAUACGACGUAUCCGAUAACAAGCACCUUUUCCUAGAAGAGCUCUUGGAGAAAUUGAGGUUCAAGACCGCUGAUAACAUCCAUGAUUACAUCAAGCACUUGAAUCAACCAAUAAGCAGCUAUUUUACAUCCAUGAGCUUGCUUUUGAACGAGAACGCUCUCGAACCGAACGAAUUGAAACAUGUGGUUCAGCUUUGUAUUUCACUUAUUCUUGAGAAUUGGAGCUCCGUGAAAAAGAUUUUGUGCUACGAUACCGCCAAGGAAACUUUACCUACAAGCUAUCAGGGCUCUCUGGUUGGAGAUCAAGUGGUCAUCUCAACAGCAUUCAAAACUGUUAAAGAGUGCUCGAAUUUACUGAAUACGAUAUUGAACAUUUGUCCACUUUCAUCCGAACAGCUCACUGUAGUUGGGAACCUUCUCAUAGAGCAGCUGUUCAGUAUUUACCACAGUGGUGCUUUCCAGGCCGUACUGCCAAGCUUCCAGACGUGCUGUCGAAGAGCACACAAAGAAAAUCCAUUGCAAAUUGAGGAGUGGUUAGAAGAUAUAACUGAUAUCUUGGAGUUCAAAACACAAUAUAUUACAAGAAGAUCGGGUGGCAUUCCCUCUAUGAUUUCAACAAUUCUAAGCACAGAAAAUAAAAAAGAUCGCCCAUUACUUAGAACGGCAUAUUUCAAAUUAGAGAAAAUAGCUUCUCGACCAAUCGACAAACAUCAAGAUGUAGUCGACCUUCCUCAGAUAAAUGCGUUCAAUUGCAUCAGAGCAAUUUUCAUUGAGUCUAAGCUUUCUGAGCCAUGCACUCCAUAUAUCUCUUCAGCAUUGGCUUUGUCCUUGAAGAACUUUACUUCAGACUUGUGGUCAUUGAGAAAUUGCUCAAUUAUGCUCUUCACUUCCUUACAAAAUAGAAUUUUUGGCAAAAAAGGUAAAAAUGUUGGAGCAAGUCAAUUUUUUGCUAGGUUCAAAGGUAUAAGAGAGAUUCUAUUACAGCUUCUCAAAAAUUCUCUCCAUGUAUCAUCAAAUACAACCGAAAAGUUAAAGCGACCUCGACAGGUGGAAUCUAUUUUUUUGGUUCUUAAUAUUUUACUACGUCUUAAGCCUACACCUGGGUAUGAUGGAAUGGAGCCGUUCGCAAAUGAAGUUAUUUUAUGCUUGAACAAUAAGAGUUGGAAAAUUCGGGAUAUGGCAGCUAGAACGUUGCCCCAUCUGAUCGAGGGUCCCUUGAAGUGGUCAGCAGCGUCCUUGAGUCGUACUUCAGUGACGAAUCAAAAUUCGUUACAUGGCCAUUUACUUGUUGCCGCCGAAGUUUUGAAAGAUGUACAAAUUGAGGAAACGUUAGCAGAGGGUAUCUCAGCCUUAGUUGACGCGAUCUUCGCCAAACAAACUGAGUUUUUAUUAAGAAAUCGCAGUUACCAUACGGUCAAAGCCUACGUUGAGUUGGUAGAUCUUCUUUUUCGGAAGGUUCCUCUGGUUUCAAAAGAUGAACGGACCAAAACUCUGGUUUCUCAUGUCGGUGAGUACUAUUUGAAACACGAUGGUGAGUUUUUCGCGGAUGGCAGCAAACAAAUGUGUUUAUCCUGUGUGCUCAGUUUUCUAUUAAAGCACGACCAUAGUUCUACCAUGAUACUCUGCGAGUUGGGUAUUCGGUCAGAGUUUUUUGAAGUUCAGCUAGUUGCCCUUCAAUUCGCUAUAGACUAUUUAGAUCUACAGGCAAUGGAUUGUAAUUGCUUGAUGGUUGCCAUAUCGGAGUUAUCUCAAGAUGUGAGAAAUUUGCCAAAGAUAAAUGCAGUUAUUAUUACUGCAAUGAAUAAAUCUUGCCGCAGCCAAAUAUCUGAUGUAUUAGCAAUACUCGAAAAUCCACUUAAAAGUGAAGAGGAACACAUAGCGGAAUUAACAUCCCUUGGGGGAGUUUCUGGCCUUACUCCAGGUAGUGAUAAUGAGCUGCUUAUCUCAGGUAUCAUAUCGAAGUAUUUAGAUGACUCACUUCCCGUUGAUUUUCGACUUGCUUCAAUAAACAGUUUGGAUCACUAUUUGGGCACCAAAACAAAUCCAGAACUUGUCCUAAGAGUGAUUGAAAUGUUAACUGAUGAUGAUUACACUGUUAGAGUAACUGCUGCACGGCUACUGUGUGAUCUGUUCUCGUUAAAAGGUAGGUUUAAGGAACAUCCCAGUCCAUGUACAGUGGCCAAGAAGACUGAACAAAUACUAUUCAUGAAUUUUUCAAAGGAGGUUGUUGGAAAUUUAAUGGCACAAAAGUUGAAAGUGAUAUUGGCAUCACCCAAUAUGCAGUGUAUCAAAAACAAAAAGUUAGAGGGUCUAUUCGAACCUGAAAAAAACAAUCAGUUCAGGAAUGAAGUAGAACAAAGCAUUCAUUAUGCCAGCAUCAUUUCUCAAGCCAGUUUUCGUGAUGCUGACUUCACGAUCUGGGUGAAUAAACAACGGAGUAAGUUAUUAAACUUUUUAAGAAAAGAGAAUUUUUCUGAUACUCCAUUAGGGUGGAGCUCUAAGCCGGAUGUUUUCGCCAAUUUGUGCGUUCUGAGACUAUUGACAAAAUUUACUGAGCCACUGCAGUUGGGUAUAUUUGAUCAAGAAUUGAGAGCACAUGAUAUCCACCCUAUGGUUUUUGAGAGGGUUUGUAUAUAG